AUGCCGGUGAGACGGGGCCAUGUUGCCCCUCAGAACACAUUCAUCGACACAAUAAUUCGAAAAUUCGACGGUCAAAAUCGUAACUUCGUGAUCGCCAACGCCCAAGUGGAGAACCGCUCGAUUAUUUUCUGUAACGAUGGCUUUUGCGAACUCUGUGGAUAUUCUCGGGCAGAGGUUAUGCAGCGUCCCUCGUCGUGCGAUUUCCUGUACGGAGUUAAAACUAGCGAGCCGGCUGUCUUGCAACUCAAGUCCGCGUUGCAUGGAAAAGAAGAAAAGCAAGUGGAAGUACUGUUUUACCGGAGAGACGGGUCUACAUUUUUAUGCAGUGUGUUAAUAGCUCCUGUGCGAAAUGAAAAUGACGAAGUUGUUAUGUAUAUACUUAAUUACGAAGAUGUUACAGAUGCACCGGUACGCGAGGAAACAAAUAGUUCCACGACAACAGGGUCAGCAGUUGCGGCUACGCCAUCAGGAUAUAAAUGGAAACGAUCACGAAAUAACCACCGAACUUUUCGACUCCGGCUUCCAUCACUUUACAGACAACACAAAGGGCUUCAAAACAAGGACGAGGAGAAUCCCCUGCCGCCGAAUGACCCAGAUUCGUCCCUCCCUUUGCUUAACCUUUUGCCCCAAUCUAAAGACAUUCUGUUAAAUACGCCGCCAGCGGGUAGGAAGAAUGAGGGUGGUGCAGAGAAUUACGACGAGAAAUCAUUUACAUUAAUGGACACUAUUAAUGAACAGAAUAUUGAUAUUUUACGUGAUAGGACUACAUGUACCUCAGACAGUAAACGUAGAUCGUUAGAUAAUUCACAGCUUGAAAGCUGUAGCACAAAAUUUGAAAAAGAAAAAGCUGAGCUGGGUAGGUCUCCAUCAAACUUAAGUUCUUCCUGGUCAAGAGAUAGUAUACGCAGCAACAGGAGUUUCAGAAAAACCUCAUCAUUAGAAAGAGUUGAUACAGAUCGUGAUCGACAUAAAACAUGUUCAAAAGGUAACCACCUCAAAUCAAACCUAUCAAAUGCGAUCUCUGACUCUGAUCUGAUGAAAUAUCGACUCAACAAAGUAUCAACCAGCCUCUGCGACCUUGCUCACCAUUCUGCGCAAUCUAGGAAAGAUCCACUAGCAUCGUCAACGGUUUCAUCCAAUAAGUUCUUUCAGCCUGUAAAAGACGCUACUCAUAACGUUGGAGAGAAAGUGGCGCAGGUCCUCUCUCUUGGUGCUGAUGUCUUACCUGAAUACAAGUUACAACAACCAAGGAUACAUAGAUGGACAAUACUUCACUAUUCCCCUUUCAAAGCAGUAUGGGACUGGAUUAUUCUUUUACUUGUUAUCUAUACCGCCAUAUUUACACCUUACGUUGCUGCAUUUUUGUUGAACGAGGAUGAAAAAAGGACCAAGUUGAAUAAAGAUCCUGAAACACGAGUGAACUACGGAGCUUCUAAUCGCUAUGGAGAUCCACUUGUCAUAAUUGACUUGAUAGUGGAUGUCAUGUUUAUUAUUGAUAUUUUAAUAAAUUUUCGGACAACCUAUGUGAAUAAGAACGAUGAAGUUGUUUCACACCCAGGCAAAAUUGCUGUACAUUACUUUAAAGGCUGGUUUCUCAUUGAUGUAGUUGCUGCCAUUCCAUUUGAUCUCUUACUAUUUGGAUCAGAGACAGAUGAGACUGCUACGCUUAUUGGACUACUGAAAACUGCUCGUCUGCUACGUCUGGUAAGAGUCGCCAGAAAACUGGAUCGAUACUCAGAAUAUGGAGCGGCUGUACUUUUACUUCUCAUGUGUACAUUCGCCUUAAUUGCUCAUUGGUUAGCGUGUAUUUGGUACGCUAUAGGCAACGUGGAAAGACCCAUGUUAAAAUAUAAAAUAGGCUGGCUAGACCACUUAGCCAAGCAGACUCACCAGCCUUAUUUUGAUAAUGCUACGAAUAGUGGACCUACAAUGAAAUCAAAGUACAUUACUGCAUUAUAUUUCACAUUCAGCAGCUUAACAAGUGUGGGAUUCGGAAAUGUUUCACCGAAUACCAACUCUGAGAAAAUAUUCUCAAUCUGCGUCAUGCUCAUAGGAUCUUUAAUGUAUGCCAGUAUAUUUGGUAAUGUAUCAGCCAUCAUACAAAGACUCUACUCUGGGACAGCUAGAUAUCAUACUCAAAUGCUAAGAGUUAAGGAAUUUAUUCGAUUUCAUCAAAUUCCAAAUCCACUACGGCAAAGAUUAGAAGAAUAUUUUCAGCAUGCAUGGUCGUACACUAAUGGAAUAGAUAUGAAUAUGGUGCUGAAAGGAUUUCCUGAAUGUCUGCAAGCAGAUAUUUGUCUUCAUCUAAAUAGGAACUUACUAAAUAACUGCCCCGCUUUCAAAGGGGCAAGUCCAGGUUGUCUUCGUGCGCUUUCAAUGAAGUUUAAAACAACACAUGCACCUCCAGGUGACACAUUAGUACAUCGCGGUGACGUUCUCACUGCUCUUUAUUUUAUAUCAAGGGGUUCUAUAGAAAUUUUAAAAGAUGACUUAGUAAUGGCUAUUUUAGGAAAAGAUGACGUGUUUGGCGAGAGGUUCUGUAUUUAUGAGACUGUGGGGAAAUCUAAGUGCAAUGUACGAGCUUUAACCUACUGUGAUUUACAUAAAAUAUUACGAGAUGACUUACUUGAGGUACUCGAUAUGUAUCCAGAAUUUGCUGAGCAUUUUACAAAAAACUUAGAAAUCACCUUUGAUCUAAGAGAUGAUGAGAUGGCUCCUUUACCAGUAAGUGAUUCGGAAGAUGAUGAAAUCUCGUUCUCUGGGAGGAAAAAAAAAACAAGAAGAUCAAUGUAUCGUAGGAAUACACUAAAGAAAAAAGAGGGGCCGGAGGAAAAGAAAAGAAAAAGUGACACAGGGCCAGUGCGAAGAAUAAACAGUGAAGUCAACCGUACCAUGGCGUUAGAUUCUGGUGAGGAUGUGGAAAGUGGUACCGGAAUAUUAGAAUUUUCACCAGAGAUGGCAGGAAGAGAUGUGACCCCAGCACCAGAGUUCUUGACACGCCGACAUUUCCACCAACAACACCAGCAGCAAAUACAACAGCAAGAACUACGUGACAAACAUAAAUCGGGUGCUUUUCAAGCCAUAGCAGAUGCCUUAUCUGGCGUAAACGCUAUCGUGAAUGCAGUAUCAGGAAGCAAUAGUAGACAUCACACUCCGGAAUCAUCCCCUCUUCUGAAGCGUAAAGCACGUCAUUAUUCGGCAAGACCAUCAUUUCCUAAAAGUACAUCGGCACCACUUGGCAUGUCUCGUUCUGGUUCAUUACCGGAUGAGACAUCUAGUGUGGUAGUGGAAGAUAUGAGCAGUUUUAUAUCCAAUCCAGAUAUCGAUAGAAGACUGGAUGACUUACACAAACAUUUAAAUAGGCUUGAAAAUAAAAUGAACUCGGAUAUUGCUUUAAUUUUGGAUCUGCUGAGAAAACAGCACCAGCCAUCUACAACAGCAAUGCCUCCAUUGUUUCCACAAAGAGCAAAACAUCCAAAGCUAAGUAUGGCUGCAUAUCCUCGUCCAAGAUCAUCAGGAACAAUACCUGAUCAACGUUCCAGUACGUGGCCAAACCAUUGCUAG